UCUCUUACUUUAUCUCUCUAAAAACAAAUCAAUGGGCUGCUGUGGUGACACAGACGAAGAAGACGACCGAGUCCCUAACAAUCUCACACAACCCCUAAUCCCAUCCGAUUCAUCAUCCGACAACUCGGCCGAGUCACUCACCAUUAUUUCCCCAAUGAAUUCUCACUUCACGGCGCUCACGUGUCCGGACACCCUCCGUUUAAUCUUCGAGAAGCUGCCGGUUGCUGACCUGGCGAGAGCCAGCUGCGUUUGCAGGGUGUGGAAAACGGUGUCGUCUGAGGAUGCAGUAGUGAAAACUGCGUUUAUGAGGCCGUGGAAAUUGAAGGGUAUAAUUGGAAAACCGGUGACCGGAGGUAGUUUUUGGAGAGAUGGGUUACGGAAAUUUGCUAUUUCUCAUAAGAUUGGUAAAGGUGAUACUGUUGCCGGUCUUGCUGUUAAAUAUUCUGUUCAGGUAAUGAACAUAAAACGAUUGAAUAACAUGAUGAGCGACCAUGGUAUUCAUUCAAGGUAUAGGUUAUUAAUCCCUCUAAGCAGUCCAGACCUUCUCAUAAACAGCACAUGCUACAUCGAGCUGGAUGCAUAUGCAAACAGGGAAGUGGCGGUGUUGUAUCUAGACGGCGAGCCUGAUAAAUCGCAUAGCUUUAUGCCAAAUCGGAGAACCUCUGACUACGGCAAGAAAAAGAUACUUGAGUCUAUAAAGAGAAGCAUGCAAAUCGAUGAUGGUACUGCUCAAUACUAUUUGUCUGUAUCAAAUGGCGACCCGCGAGCUGCAAUCAACCAGUUGUCUGAAGACCUUAGAUGGGAGAGGCGGGCGGAGUUGAGCUAGCCGGAAAUUGAAAGUUGGCAAAGGAAUUAAUUCAAGUGUAUACCUGUAAUUCUGUGCACAUUGAUGAUGAUGAAGCCAGUCUGACUGUUUGGCUGACAUGGCUUGCUUCAAGCCUUCACUAAUAUGUUACUUGUAUUUGUAAAUGUGAAGCACAUACUUGCUGGGUUGAUUUCAACCGCUCUAUUGUAUGUUUGUAUUUGUGAGAUAAAUUCUGUUUAUUGUUGAGCUUUAGCGGGUUCGUAUUAAAAAAACGUGUGAAGAAUUGGAAAUUACUUAUUGCAAAGUGAACUUCUUUCUGCA